AUGUUAUGUUGGACGUUUGAGAAGAUUUUAAUUAUUCUCAUCCGUUCCGUCUGGGACGAGCACGAACCUAGUUUUAGGUGACACCGUAUCUCCGGCCCUGUUGUUACGGAAACAGUUGCAGCUGAAAUGACAAGUUGAGGUCCAUAAUGUCUACCAAAGAUCCCUGCCAAAAGCAAGCCUGUGAAAUACAGAAGUGUCUCCAAGCUCAUCAUUAUCAAGAAAGCAAAUGCCAACAUGUGAUCCAAGAUAUGCACGAGUGCUGUAAGAUACAUGCAAAGACAUCAGUUUGCUGUUCAGGUUUUUUAAAAGAAGAAAAGAAAAGCUGAAAUCUAAUCAUUGCCUGCAAAUGCUACACUCUGAUCUCAUCUUUUCAGAUUGUCAGUACAGCAGGAAAAAAGUCACAAUAACUUGAUCACCCAGGAAUGGCAAGAGAGUGCAGAGAUAUCCUGAAAUUUACUCCAAGACAAAUAUCAAUUACUAAUUUCUUGCCACCUUGUAUGUUUAUUUAAUUAUGUAUUAAAAUUUUACGUCAGCCAUCUGGCUACCAACUAUGCAUUAAUUCUUGGUAAGCCAUCAUUAAUGGUAUUGCAUGUGCAGCUCAUUGGAGCAGCAACUAAUGCCCUAGCUUCCUUCCACAGUCAGGGUUUCUUUAAUUGGAUAUCCUAAAUAGCCAGUGACGGGAACGGGUAGAUCUAGCUGAAGAGGGGUGACAGACAAAUAGUGAGGAGGUUGGGAAGUCAUUGGAGGAAAAAAAGGGGUCCAGAUGAUAGAAUCUGCUAGGAAAGGAAGGAGAACAUGGAACCAAAUAAGGGUAAUGAACUGGGCAGGGGAGGGAAUCUAGUGGUAGGGGAGCAGUAGGAACUGGAUAGACAGGAGCAAGUUAUUUCAAUUGAUGAAUUAGAGUCAUAGAAUACUACAGCACAGAAACAGGCCCUUCAGCCCAUCUAGUCUGUGCUGAACUAUUAAUCUGCCUACUCCCAUCGACCUGCUCCAUACCCUGCCCAAACCUGUACCUAUCCAAAUUUCUCUUAAAUGUUGAAAUUGAACCCAUAGCCACCAUUUUGCUGGCAGCUCAUUUCAUAUUCUCACCACAUUCCGAGUGAAGAGGAUCACCUUCAUAUUCCCCUUAAACAUUUCAACCUUUCUCACUUAAACAAUGACUUCCAGUUCUAAUCUCACCCAACCUCAGUGGCAAAAGCUUACUUGCAUUUAACAAAUUUAUACCCCUCAUGAUUUAGGAUACCUCUAUCAAAUCUCCCCCGAUUCUCCUGUGCUCCAGGGAAUAAAGUCCAAACUUAUUUAACUUUUCCCUUUAACUCAGUUCAAGUCCUGGCAAAAUCCUUGCAAAUUUUCUCUGCACUAUUUCAAUCUCAUUGACAUAUUUCUUGUAGGUAAAUGGCCAAAAACUGCACACAGUACUCCAGGUUAGACCUCUCCAACGUCUUGUACAAAUGCAACAUAAUAUCCCGACUCAUAUACUCAACAUUUUAUGAAGGCCAGGUGUGCUAACAGCUUUCUUUAUGACCCUAUCUACCUGUGAUGCUACUUUCAAGGAAUUAAGGAUCUAUAUUCCCAGAUCCCUUUGUUGUACCAUACUCCUCUGCCCUAUCAUGUAAGUACUACCCUAGUUUGUCCUCCCAAAGUGCAACACCUCACACUUGUCUGCACUAAAUUACAUCUGGUAUUUUUCAGCCCAUUUUACCAGUUAGUUCAGAUCCUGCUGCAAAUCUCCCUUGCUGUCUACUACAUCCCCAAUGAUGAUGUCAAAAUUUGCUUUUGCAGUGAACACAUUAUCGUACAGAUCAUCAAUAUAGAUGACAACAACAGACCCAGCACUGAUUGCUGCAGCACGCUGUUAGUCUCAAAGCUCAAGUCAGAGAGGCAACCAUUACUACCACUCUCUGGCUUCUCCCACGAAGCCAAUGUCUAAUCCAUUUUACUACCGCAUCCUGGAAGUCAAAUGACCUUAAUUUCCAUGCAAACUGCCAUGCGGGACCUUAUCAAAGACCUUGCUAAAGUGCAUGUGGACAACAUCCACUGCUUCUUCCCCUCUGCCAUCUGAUUUCUGAAUGGACAUUGAACCCAUGAACACUACUUCACUAUUUUUUAAUUUCUAGUUUUUGCACUUAUUUAAUAUAAUUAUUACAUAUAUAUUCUUACUGUAAUUCAGUUUCUUUUCUCGCUAUUAUGUAUUGCAUUGUGCUGCUAAUGCAAAGUUAACUAACUUCACGACAUAUGCCAGUGAUAUUAAACCCGAUUCUGAUUAUUGUCCUUCAUCAACUUUCCUGGUAACCUCCUCGAAAAACUCGAUAAGAUUGGUUAAACGCAAACGUCCCAUCCACUAAGCCACGUUGACAAUUCAUAAUCAGUCCCCGUCUAUCCAAAUACUUAUAUAUCCAGUCCCUUAGAAUAUCUUCCAAUAACUUACCUACUACUGAUGUCAAGCUCACUGGCAUUUAAUUUCCUGGUUUAUUCUUAGAGCCUUUAGUAAAAAAAAGGGAACAACAUUAGCUGUCCUCCAAUCCUUCAGCACCUCACCUGUGGUUAAAGACGUUUAAAAAGAGCCCCUGCAAUUUCUGCACUAGUCUCCCAUGGGGUCUGAGGUAACACCUCUGGGAAUUUAUCAACACUAAUUUUCCUCAAAACAGUAAACACCUCAAGACAACAAAUACUUGAUCUCCUAUUAGUGAAUGAGACGGGACAGUUGACAGAAGUUUGUGUAGGGAACACUUUGCAUCUAGUGAUCAUAUUGCCAUUAGGUUUAGGGUAAUUAUAAUAAAGGAUGGGUCUGGUCCUCUGGUUGGAGAAAGGCUAAUUUUGAUGGUAUCACGAAAGAUCUGGCAAGUGUGAAUUGAGACAGGCUGUUUUCUGGGAAAGGUGUACUUGAUAAGAAUGAGGCCCUCUAUAUGGUGUUAGAAUAAAAGGCAGGUUUAGGGAACCUUGGUUUUUGAGAGAUAUUGAAGCUCUAGUUAAAAAGAAAGGAGUUACAUAGCAGAUAUAGGCAGGUGGGAACAAAUGUACUUGAGGUGUAUAAGAAAUGCAAGAGAACUCUUAAGAAAGAAGUCAGGAAAGCUAAAAGUAGGCAUGAGGUUGCUUUACCAGGCAAGGUGAAGAAGAAUCCUAAGGGCUUAAGGGCCAAAGGAUUUCGAGGGACAAAAUUUGUUCUCUGGAUUAUCAGAAUGAUAAUCUAUGCAUGGAUCCAAAAGAAAUGGGGGAGAUCUUAAAUAGAUUUUUUUGCUUUGGUAUUUACUCAGAAGACAAACUUAGAGUCUAUAGAAGUGAAGCAAAGCAGCAGGGAGGUCAUGGAUGCCAUAGAUUACAGAGGAGGAGGUGUUUGCUGUCUUGAGGCAAAUUAGGGUGGACAGGUGAAGGUGUACCCUUUGACUCCGUGGGAGACAAGAGCAGAAAUUGCAGGGGCCCUAGCUGGGAUAUUUAAAUCAUCCUUAGCAACAGGUGAGGUUCUGGACAAAUGUUGUUCCACUGUUUAAGAAAGGCUCUAAGAAGAAAGUAGAAAGUUAUAAGCCUGACACCAGUAGUGGGAAAGUUAUGUGAAGAUAUUCUAAGAGACUGGAUAUAUGAGUAUUUGGAUAGUAAGGGAUUGAGUCAGCAUGGCUUUGUAUAUGGUAGGUCAUGUUUAACCAAUCUUGUAAAAUUUUUGAGGAAGUUACCAGGAAAGUUGAUGAAGGCAAGGCAGUGGAUCUUAUCUACAUGGACUUCAGCAAGGCAUUUGAUUAGGUCUGGCAUGGGAGGUUGGUCGAGAAGGUUCAGUUGAUUGGCAUUCAAGAUGAAGUAGUAAAUUGGGCAAACUAGAGGUCAUCGGUUAAGGGUGAAACAUUUAAGGGGAACAUGAGGGGAAACUACUCACUCAGAGAGUGUGGUACGAGCUGCCUGUGCAAGUGGUGGAUGUGAUUUUGAUUUCAAUGUUUAAAGAAGUUUGGAUAGGUACAUGGAUGGGAGUGGUAUGGUGUGCUAUAGUCAAGGUGCAGAUCAAUGGGACUAGCAGUGGGCUGAAGGGCCUGUUUCUGCGCUGUGGUUUUCUAUAACUAUUACUUCCUCCUCUGUAUAUCAUUCAUGACUUUGUGGCUGCUCUGCCUCACUUCUAUAGACUGUCCAUCUCUCAAAUAAAUACAGAUGCACAAUAUAUAUAUAUUUAUCUUCCCCCGUCUCUUUUGGCUUGACACACAAAUUACCACUCUGAUCUUCCAGUUUUGUCCCUCACCAUCCUUUUUCUUUUAAUGUAUCUGUUGAAACCCUUGGGACUCUCCUUCACCAUGUUUGCUAGAGCAACCUCGUGUUUUCUUUUAGCCCUGAUUUCUCUUCCUGAAGUGCUUAUUUGCAUUUCUUAUACUCCUCGAGCACCUCAUUUGCUCCUCCCUGUUUUUCUAACCAGGGGCCUUAAUGUGUUUUGAAAACCCAAGUUCUCUGAACCUGCUUUGAUUGCCUGACAGGAACAUACAGACUCUGUACUCUCAAAUUUUCACAUUUGAAGGCCUCCAACUUAUCAAACAUACCUUUGUCAGAAAACAACCUGUCCCAAUCCACACUUGCCAGAUCCCUUCUGAUAUCAUCAAAAUUGGCCUUUCUCCUAUUUAAAAUCACAACCCACCAAUCAGACCUAUCUUUCUUCAUAAUUAUCUUGAGACAAAUGUCAUUAUGAUCACUAGAUGCAAAGUAUUCCCCAAUACAAACUUCUGUCACAUGCCUUCUCUAGUUGGAACCUUUAUGUACUGAUUAAGAAACUUUCCUGAACACAUUUGACAAACUCUAUUCCAUCCAGCCCUUUUACAGUAUGGGAGUCUCAGUCAGUAUGUAGAAAGAUAAAAUCACUUGCUAUUGCAACCUUCUGUUUCUUGAAACAGCCUGCAAUCUCUAAAAAUUUGCUCACUAAAUCCCCUGGCCUGUUAGGUGGUCUGUAAAAUAAUCCCAUUGACAUGGUCAUCCUUUUAUUCCUCAGCUCUACCCGUAUAGCCUCAGUAAAUAAGUUUUCCAGUCUGUCCUGUCUAAGCACUGCCAUGACAUUUUCCCUUAGAAGUAAUGCCACUCCUACCCCCUUUAAUCACUCAUGCUCUAUCACAUUUUAAAAAAUGGAACCAUAGGACACUGAGCUGCCAGUCCUGCCCCUUCUGCAACCAAGUCUCACUAAUGGCUACAAUGUCAUAAUUCCAUGCGCUGGAUCCAUGCCCUAAGCUCAGCUGCCUUUCUUGCAAUACAAUGUGUAUAUUUCAAUGCAGAGAUGCAAGAAAGGCAGAUGAGCUUAAUCCCACCCUGCUCAACCUUUCAAUUCCUGACUUUGUAUGUAGACUUAACAUAUUUUCUCACAACCACCCCACUAUCUAUUCUGGUACACUGGUUCCCAACCCCCUUCAACUCUAGUUUAAACCCCCCCCCCCCACCACCACCGUGCAGCACUAGCAAACUUUCACACCUGAAUAUUGGUGGCCCUCCAGUUCAGGUGCAAACCAUCCCUUCUGUAUAGGUCCCACCUUCCUUGGAAAAGAGCUCAAUGAUUCAAACAUCUGAACCCCUCUCUCAUACACCAAUUCCUUAGUCACGCAUAAGUCUGUAUACUCUUCCUAUUUCUGACCUCACUAGCAUGUGGCAUAGGUAGCAAUCAUGAGAUCAGAAUCCUGGAGGUCCUGUCCUUUAACUGAGCACCUAAGUCCCUAAACUCACUUUGCAGGACUCCAUUACCAUUCCUACCAAUGUCACUGGUGUCAACUUGGACAGGCUGCUUACCCUCCCACUCAAGAUGACACUGACCCUGACAUCUGGGAGGCAACAUACCAUACAGGAAUCUCAUUCUUGUCCACAGCAUGUUCUGUCUGUUCCCAAACCGAUGAAUCCCCUAUCACUCCAGCUCACCUCUUCUCACACUUCCCUUCUGACCACAGAGACCUGACAACUGUGGCUUUCCUCUGCUAGAUCAUCCCUUGCAGCAGUAUUCGAAGUGGUCCCUCUGUUGUUGAGGGGAAUAGCCACAGGGAUACUCAUUGCUCAUGCUGUCAAGUUAUAGACUGUCUAAGCAGAACUCCAGUGAUUAAUGUCUGUUGUCCAUUUUUAUAAAUGGGUUAUGGAACUUUGAAUGACUUUAUUUAUAUUACACUAAUUUAGUGAUGUCAGAAAAUCAUUUUAAAUGUUACUAGUUCUACCAAAGGAAGCGAAGACAUGUGCAGCACGAUAACUUCCAAAGAUAUAUGCAUGUACCUGUUAGUAAGUUAAUUGGUCAUUGUAAAUUGUCCUGAUUAGGCCAGGGUUAAAUAGGUGGGUUGCUGGGUGGUGCAGCUCAUUGGCUGAAAGGGCCUGUUCUAAACUAACUAAAUAAAUAAAUAUUGCUUUAGAACAAGGAUGUUACAGGCCUUGAGGACCCGAGUUAUAAGGAGAGGCUGAAUAUGUUAGGACUUUUUUUUCCCUUGGAGCAAAGAAGAAUAAAGGAAGAUUUGCUAGAGGUAUACAAAAUUUUAAGGGGUAUAGAUAGGGUAGAUGCACACAAGCUUUUUUCCACGAGUUUGGGUGAAGCUAGCACUAGAGGUCAUAGAUUAAGGUUGAAAGGAUAAAUAUUUAAGGAGUACCUAAAGGGUAGUGUGAAUGUGGAAUGAGUUACCAGUGGAUGCAGGUUUAAUUGCAACACUUAAGAGAAGUUUGGAUAAGUAUAUGGAUGGGUCCAGGCACAGGUCAAUGGGCCCAUGUAGAUUAACAGAUCAACUCAGACUAGAUGGGUUCAAUGACCUGUUACUUUAGUGCUUUAUGACACUAUGUGUUUCCGCCAGAAGCACAAUAUAAACAUUGUAUGAACAUCUUUAUGUAUGUAGUGUUAAACUGGGCUUUGUGGUGAUGAGAGAUUGGAUUGACAAGUAUUGUAGUUACUGGAGGUUAAUUAAUUACAUUGAAAUGUACAUACAUCUGCCAGAGAGAGAUAUUUCACCAGGCUACAAGGGCAAUCAGACUCCAGGUAUAGAGUAAAACACAAAAAAUCUCUUCACAAUAUUGUCUGCCACAAAAUGCAUUGGAGACCAAGUUGUUUAAUUUACUUCGAAGAAAUAUGUAGAUUUGUGAACACAAAAUGCAUCAGUGGAAAUGGGCAGAUAGCAGGAACAUGGAUGGUAUAGAGAUGGCCUAUUCCUCCCAUUUUCCAGUUUAUUUGCAAGUAAAAAAUAAAAAUAGUAAUAAAUAUGGAAGCUCUGUGUCUGCAAUAUUCUGGCUGAAGGAAAUAAAAUUUUAUUCCAUCUUGUAAAAAUG